CAGAGAACCGCCCUCUCUCCAAACUCCCAGUUCUGGGACCAGUGUGACUGUUAACGAAAGGUGCCAAUCACAGGCAGCCUUAGCCAGAUGCCUGCGAGUUGAGUUAAAAAAAAAAAAAAGGCAGGUUGAGGGCAUAGAGGAAAAGAUCAUAGCAACCUCCAAUCCCAAUACACAUGCACGUAGGAUUCCCAACAAGCAAACAGCAGGAUAUCUCCGACUACUCCGAGGACGCAGAGCACCACAAACAGGAACUUUAAAGGGAUUGAAAUCUGUUGCCUGUUCCACUAGGAAUAUUGUUUGCAAGGCACAAGGUGUCUUUUGGUCGAGAGCACCCUCUGCGCAUGCGCAGGUCCAUUCGGGAAUUACUGCCCUGCCGCCGACUAAGUUGCAUUCCUUGAAUCUUCGCCGAAAAGACAAUUCUUUAAUCAGAGUUAGUAAUGUGGACAGUGCAUAAUCGAGAGAGUUUGGGGCUUCUGUCUUUCCCUGUGAUGAUUGCCAUGGUCUGUUGUGCACACAGCGCCAAUGAGCCCAGCAACAUGUCAUACGUGAAAGAGACAGUGGACAGAUUGCUCAAAGGAUAUGACAUUCGCUUGCGGCCGGACUUUGGAGGGCCCCCCGUGGACGUCGGGAUGCGGAUCGAUGUCGCCAGCAUAGACAUGGUUUCCGAAGUGAACAUGGAUUAUACGCUCACCAUGUAUUUCCAGCAGUCUUGGAAAGACAAAAGGCUUUCUUAUUCUGGAGUCCCGCUAAACCUCACGCUAGACAACAGGGUAGCCGACCAACUGUGGGUACCAGAUACAUACUUUCUGAAUGACAAGAAAUCAUUCGUGCAUGGGGUUACAGUGAAAAACCGAAUGAUCCGGCUGCAUCCUGAUGGAACAGUUCUGUAUGGGCUCCGAAUCACAACCACAGCUGCAUGUAUGAUGGAUCUACGAAGAUAUCCUCUGGAUGAACAAAACUGCACUCUGGAGAUUGAAAGUUAUGGCUAUACUACUGAUGACAUUGAGUUUUACUGGAAUGGAGGAGAGGGAGCAGUAACCGGAGUAAAUAAAAUUGAGCUUCCUCAGUUUUCAAUUGUCGACUACAAGAUGGUGUCCAAGAAGGUGGAGUUCACAACAGGGUCAUAUCCACGACUAUCACUAAGUUUCCGUCUAAAGAGAAACAUCGGUUACUUCAUUUUGCAGACCUACAUGCCUUCCACACUGAUUACAAUUCUGUCCUGGGUGUCUUUUUGGAUCAACUAUGAUGCUUCUGCAGCCAGAGUCGCACUAGGAAUCACCACGGUGCUGACAAUGACAACCAUCAGCACUCACCUCAGGGAGACCCUGCCAAAGAUCCCGUACGUCAAAGCAAUUGAUAUUUACCUGAUGGGUUGCUUUGUGUUUGUGUUCCUGGCUCUGCUGGAAUACGCCUUUGUAAAUUACAUCUUCUUCGGAAAAGGCCCCCGGAAAAAGGGAGCUGGCAAACAAAACCAGAGUGCCAAUGAUAAGAACAAACUGGAGAUGAAUAAAGUCCAGGUCGACACCCACGGCAACAUUAUCCUCAGCACCCUGGAAAUCAGGAACGAGACGAGCGGCUCGGAAGUGCUCACGGGCAUGAGCGACCCCAACACCACCAUGUACUCUUACGACAGCGCCAGCAUCCACUACCGCAAGCCCCGGGCCACCCGCGAGGCCUACGGGCAUCCGCUGGACCGCCACGCGCACGGCAAGGGGCGCAUCCGCAGGCGCGCCUCGCAGCUCAAAGUCAAGAUCCCCGACUUGACUGAUGUGAACUCCAUAGACAAGUGGUCCCGAAUGUUUUUCCCCAUCACCUUUUCUCUGUUCAACGUCGUGUAUUGGCUUUACUAUGUACACUAAGGUCUGUCCUAAGGGUUCGGAAACAACUGCUUUCCUCCUUUGAGUUUUAACCCCACAGGUCCCCAGCAGCGAGACUGCUGUGUUUUUGAGGUAAGAGAUUCAGCCAUCUAAUUGGUUUUAGGUCUUGCAUAUCAAUUUUAUUACUGCACCAUGUUUACUUCAAAAAAGGAAAACAACAACACUAUUUUUUUCCAGUCUACUGUGGUCCAGGUUAUCAGCUCUUUCGAGCUCUAUAAUUGCCAUGUUUACAAACACCCACGAAGAGAGACGUUAGAUAGGCAGCUCUUGAGCAGUCCUUCCUAGUUGCCCUGGAUUUUAUUGCUUCGUUUUUAAAAUAAGAAUGAAAAGAGGGCCUAGUUCUCUGUGCAGGCUGCUUCCUGGUAAACUGUAACAGUCUCAUACUGCCAAAAACAACAACACAAUUUCCAGGAUCUCAGAAGAAAAAACACACAAAGCCAUUGACCAGUUACAGAUUUCCAGGAAGGAAACAAAGAGGAGCCUAAAAGAGAAAGACUCCUCCCACCCCUAAUUCUCUCAGCUCUGCUCGAGGAAGAGGAGGGAGGAGUGGCAGGCACUGGUGGAGGUCAUGCAAACCCAAUCUUGCCAGUUUCACCUCCCCAUUGAGCCGGACAUUCUGAAAAAUAUUCUUUCUCAGACUUCCAGGCUGAUUUAAAAUUAACAUUAGACUCCACCCUGGUAACCAUUGAGAACAUUUUUCCUUUCUUCUUGAGAAUGAGGAGUUUGGGGGUUAAUGACUUUUUUUUUUAAAACUAUUUCAAAUGAACAGCCCUGAACUCAUUCAUUAGCCUGGAAUCACUUGACGCUGACAUGAAGCCAUGCCAUCACAUUUCCCUGGUUCCUGCUCCAGAGAGAGUGAGAGGAAGGGGGGUGGGAGAAGAGGGCUUCAAAGAUGGGGAUCGUGAGCAAUUUUUGCUUGAGAAAAAUAUUGCUCUUUCCAUGAAGAAGGCAAGACUUAUCUGCUGUGAAAAGGGUGCCUGGGCAGUUACCUGAACUGCCAAAUCUUAAAUCAAAUAGUAUAUAUUUCUUAGCCUUCCAGAGAGCAGUUUCUAAUGGUGAUAGGCUAGUUGCACCAGCGUCAACUGGCCCCUUAUGGCUCUGCUCUCUGAGCUCUGCAUUCCAAAAUAGGAAACGACUGCUUCAGGAAAUGCAAUUGCACCCAUUUUGGUGUCAGACUUCUCUGAGGCCAGAUUUCUAUUUUAAAGGAAACCUUCAAAAGGGCAAAACCACAGAUAACAACAAUGACAAACUCACUGGGCCUUCAAGCAUUUACACCAGACCCUAGCUACACUCAUUAAUCGCUGUCAUCACGGCUCUGCCUUAUCUCUGUUCAUAGGUUGCUUUGGUCAUGGUCAUCAUAGGAGGGGCGUCUCUGAGUAGCCCAACACAUGAUUCUAAAUCGCUCUAACCAUCUGCAGAUGAGACUCAUACCAUUUAUGUCAUUAAAGACCCAUUGCUUUUUUUUUUUUUCUUCAGCUGAACAUCAAAGAAUUCUGUAUCUUUAUUUGCAUGGUUGUGUGAGACCCUGAGUUUACCAAUCAAUUAUGGAGGCGAUUGGGACCUACUCCUUGAGUGUAAAAUAAGGGUUGAGGAAAUAAUAGGAUGGUUGCCUCACUUAAAGACCUGGCUUUCUCCCUAAGGCUGUGAUGAGGGUCCAUGUUUACAAUAGCAUCAGCUGCUAGAAAUUAUAGCCUGCGUUGAAAGAUAAGGCUGAAUUUCUAUCGAUGAGCCCAAGGAGAGAGAGUUGUAAGAUAUUCUUCUAGAAAGCAAGAGGAAAAGAGAAUCCCAGAAUAAAUGAAUGGUUAUGGCUGUAGUCAAUAUACGCUAGUAAAAAUGUAAAAACUCUGCUUUAACUGGGAAAAUCGUCUCAAUGGUUUCAUAAGAAAUUAAUAGGGUUACGGGGACCAAAUUUCCAUUCGGGUUUUAAUUGUAUACUCGCAAUCCCCUGGUCAAGGAAAUCUUUAGCUUCUGGGGAUAAAUAUUUUGAAACUAAUUAGUUCCUUGGCAGGUGAGAUGCUCUGCCAUUGUAAAAAUCCCCCAAAUGACUGUAAGGUUAAUAUUUCCAACGACUGCCCAGGAACCACUGUGUAGCCAUCUAUUUUAAACACAGAAAGGGAGACUUCUGGCUAAUGCCUAACAGGAAUAAAUCAUUCUGAUGUCAAAGCUCUUUAAAAGUUUUUAGAGGUGAAAUGCUAAAUCAGAAAGGAAGUACCCAUAAUCCAUGUUCCUUAACAAAACAAUUUUUCUUUAUCCGUUUAGAUCAUUCUUCUUGGAAAAGAUUGAGGUAAUUUAUAUUUUUAUUAUUUUUUUAUCUUGCCUUAAAAGUCUAAAGAAUUUUAUGCUUGUAGAUGAAAAUGUAUCUCUAACGGGAAAAAAAAAAGAACAUUUUGAAUUCUUAUAUAUUAACCUUUGUCAAAUUCGUAAGCCUGAAUAUUCUGUCAGGCAUGAAAUGGUGUCACUGUCUGGCCCUCCGGAUGGUAAGGGGUCCCAGCCACCAUCAUGCAAGUCCUGUUAAAUAGCUCUGAUUUUAGAGGCUGUGGCAGCCAAAAAAAAAAAAUUGAGAAGCUGCCAUAUUUCUGUUUAAUGACCUCUUUUCCCACUUCUUUCUUCUGGACGCCUCCCAGCUGAACCCUCCCCUCCUUGGACCCCACCCACUCUUCCUCCAGGCUGAAAAAUGCAUGGAAACAUACCGUCCUUCUCUGCCUCUCUCCCUUGUUUUGCCCAAAAUGAUGUACAUAAAACAGGAGAGUUGUUAGACAUUCUUAAGUGCCCUCACACGGAUCCUGUUGCUGAAAGAUUCAGACCCAUGCCUAAAACAGGGGUUACUACUGUUCAACUAUUAUUUGGUUAUUUUCUUUUUGCCAUGAAAAUAGCCAUAAUCUCCUUCAUUACUGAAGUGGCAGCGAGGCUGAAAAUUGUAUGGACUCUCUUAUGCUACCGUCAUGUCCAGGGGACCCCAUGUUCACAAUCCAUAAACUGUGACAUAUCUUGUGUCAUAAACGUAACCUGUGAAACCCAGCAUGCAUCCCAUCUUUCACUGGACAGUGAUGACGACACAUUCAUCCCUUCCACUCAUGUUGUUUGGCUUAACAUGUCAGGGGUGACGUGGGUUACCCUUACCAGCUUCGUGAAGCAAAGACCCAGGUAAAGAUGUGUUUGGCUUGAAUUACCUAAGACUGUUGCCUCCAUUCUCUACAUUGCCAAAUAGAAACAGCAGACUGGAUGGUCAUUCUGCUGAUUCAAUGAUACGUGUUUUCAUACAAACCAUCUUAUUGUGCAUUACAAUCAGUGAAGGAUUUUGAAAGUGCCAAGAGAAAAAUGUGGUGCGGAGAAUAAAGUUUGGUUUAGGGAUCCAAGAGUAGACUUUCCUUAG